CCCGUUACCAAGGCGCUCGUCAUCGUCAUCAGAUCAUCGUCACCAUCAGCCAGGCACCCAGUAGCUCCUGACGGGCUUCUCUUUUUCUUCCUCCUCUUCUACAAUGUGGGCCGACACCCUCUUCAUCGUGUUCAUCUCCAUCUGCACGGCGCUCUUCGGCGAGGGUCUAACCUGGCUGCUCGUGUAUCGCACAGAAAAGUAUCAAAAGCUAAAGGCAGAAGUGGAGCGACAAUGCAAGCGAUUGGAGAAAAAGAAGGAAGCGCAUGGAGACAGCAUAGAUCGACAGCAAAAACGAAAAAUAGAGAGGGAAGAAGAGCGACUCAAGAACAGCAAUAGGGAUUUGUCCCUGGUCAAAAUGAAGAGUAUGUUUGCUAUUGGUUUUGCCUUCACUGCACUGCUAUCCAUGUUCAACUCCAUCUUUGAUGGGCGGGUGGUGGCCAAGUUGCCCUUCAUCCCUAUCUCAUGGCUGCAGGGCCUCAGUCACCGCAAUCUGCUUGGGGAUGACUACACAGAUUGUUCAUUCAUCUUCCUCUACAUCCUGUGUACCAUGAGCAUCAGACAGAAUAUUCAGAAAUUGUUGGGCUUUGCACCGUCCAGAGCAGCCAACAAACACAGCACCAAUCUGUUUGGGCCUCAGCCCCAGCAGCUGAGUGGCUACAAGUAGAGGGAGUCUCGCACUCACUCUGAUGUAAAAGUGGAGAAUGUUGUGACAAUAAAUUAAGGUGAUUGA